AGUUAAUAGCCCAGCCCACUAGCGUAGUCAGUAUUGAGGUUUGAGCCCAACAAGAGGCACACUCUCCACACUCACCAACCCCCGACGACCCAACCAAAGCCCACAUCCGCACUCGCAUCCUCCUCUGACAACCACCACCGCAUCUGGUCUCCGUCUCCCCCCUCGCCGGUCCUCGUCGCCGGCGAUGGAGCCGCGGCCUUCCCCGCCGCCGCAGCCGCCGACCCUCACGGCGCAGGAGUGGGAGCACCUCCUCGACGACUUCUCCUCCCCCCCACCCCGCCGCGACCGGUGGCUCCACCUGCCGCUGCUGGACCUGGCGCUCUCCUCCCUCCCCCGCCGCGACCUCCCCUCCCACCUCAAGCCGCUCCUGCUCGCCUUCGUCGACGACCACCUCCUCCCUCCCUCCGCCCCCGCGCGGCAACUCCCGCUCCUCCUCGCCUCGCUCCUCGCCUUCCCCGCCGACCACCCGCUCCGCGACCACCUCGUCGCCACCGCCGCCUCCGCCUUCGCGUCCGCUCUCUCCGCCCCGCUGGCCGACCCCGAGGGGGAGGCCCCGCCGCUCGCGGGGCUCGUCGGCGCGCUCCUCGCCGCCGCCAACCGCCCCAACCACGCCACCGACCGCGCCGCGCGCGCCCUCGCCUGCGACGCGCUCAGGGCGCUGGACGAGGCCCUGCCGGGGCUCCUCGCCGACGUGCUCGGCCACGCCUACGCGCUCGCCUCCGCCGAGCGCUCCCCCGCCGCGCAGUCCUACAUCCUCCUGCUCGCCUCCGCCGCGCGCGGCGCCGUCCGCCUCGGCAGGCUCGGAUCCAGCGCCUCCAUCCUCGCCGUCUCCGGCCCGCCCGUUCCAUUCUCAGUGCCUGCGCACCUCCUCUCCUCACCGCCGCCGCUCGCUUCUGCCGCACCCCCGUCGGAGCAGAACGUGAGGGAGAUCAGGAAGGUGCUCGCGCUGGUCAUGGAGAGGCCGCAGGUGCUGACGCCCGCGGCGGCAAUGGAGGUCACGGCCAUCGUCGCGGAGGUGGCGACGGCGGUGCUGGAGUGGGCGCCGGCCAUCGCGGCGCAUGUCAAAGUGCAGUUCAGUGGGAUGGCGUAUUCGUCGAGCCCGAUGCUGCUGCACUCGGUGCUCACGCUGUUCGCGAAGUUCCCCGAUGCGUUUGGAGCUGAGGAUGAGCGCAAGAUGGCGCGCCGCCUAGCUUCGGCUGCCUGCGAGGCGCACCGGCCACUGCCAGUGCGAUUGCUGGUGUUGCAUUGGCUGCUUGGGUCUGGGAGGUUCAGAGAUUCAGUGCCUGGACUUGCCAAAUGGUUCUAUCCUGGCAUGUUUGACCCCCUGGCGCUCAAGGCCAAGAAGCUGGACUGCCUUGGAUUUGUUGCUGCUACCGUUGACAGUGAUAAGGUUGAAGGAGGCAGUUACGGCCAGCAGACAACCGAGUUCAUCGAUGAUGGCUUAGUCUGUGUUUCGGCCUUCAGGUGGCUCCCGGCAUGGAGUACUGAGACAAGUGUUGCGUUCCGAGCGCUGCACAGGGUCUUGGUCGGCGCUGCUCCUCACGGCACGAAUGACAAGGGUUGCUCCGGAGCUGGUGAGCUCCUGAAUUCAACUACCUUCCACCAUUUCCAGGCUAUGCUGGUUGAUAUGGCAUCAGAACAUCGGAGUUUAGUCCCAGUCAUUGCUGAUUUCAUCAACCGCCUGCUAGCAUGCACCACACAUCGGUGGGUGGGGGAACAGUUGCUCCGAACCUUUGAUGAGUGCCUGCUUCCGAGGCUUGAACCGGGCUACCAGCUCGCAUCUUACUACCCUCUUUUUGAGAAGAUUGCACAGAAUGAGGCAGUCCCUCAGCUCCGCCUAAUUGAAUUGCUCACCAAGCAGAUGGUUUGUCUUGCCAAGAAGCAUGACCCGGACACAGAACUGAAGUCCUGGUCUCAGGGCAGCAAGGUUGUGGGCAUUUGUCGUAUCAUGCUGAAGCACCAUCACAGCUCUCAUAUAUUCCUUCCCCUGACCCACCUACUCGUGCGCACCAUCGAGUCAUUCCCAGACCUAGAGAUCCGGGACCAUGCAAGGAUAUGUUUGCGGAUGUUGUCUUGCAUUCCUGGCAAAAAACUGAGGAAUCUCAUGGGGAUUGGAGAGCAACCCACACCCUCGCAUCCGGGUUCCAUGUUUGAUGACCCAUCAGAACGUCCUGCUCAAGAUCCUAGCAGCAUGCCUGCUUUGGCAUCGUACAUUCAUCUUGAAAGAGUUGUGCCUCUGGUUGUGAAGCAGUCAUGGGCCCUCACAUUGCCUAAUUUCAGUGUCCAGAGCAGAGCGUCUGGUCACAUCAUAAGUAUACAGGAUGUGAGUGUGACUCCUCCAGAGCAAGAAAAGCCACCACAGCCUACCAUCGAGAGAAUUGGCUAUACACAAGAAGCGCUACGCGUGAUGGAUUCAAAGGGGGCUGAAACUUUGGAAAUCCUUAGAAGGCACUUUUCAUGCAUUCCUGAGUACCUGCACUCAUCUGGUGGUCUCAAAGUCAAAAUACAUUGCACAUUUAGAUUUGAUUCAGAGCCAUUUAACAGAGCUUGGGUAUCUGAUUCACCUGUUCCAAGUUCUGAAGGGGAAGAUGAGUUGCCUGCCCUUUAUGCAGUGACGAUUACCUUGUCAUCCAGUGCACAGUUUGGAAAAAUUCCCUCAUGUCAUGUGCCUUUCCUUUUGGGUGAGCCUCCAGCUUCCGGUGUGGACAUUGUCCCCGUAGAUAACUGCCACCAGGAAGAAUCAAGUUACCGGGCAUCAGUAAUGAUAGAACUGGAGCCUCGAGAGCCAUCACCUGGUCUUAUUGACGUCGAAAUCGCAGCAAACACAGAGAACUGCCAAGUCAUUUGUGGUUCUCUUAAGCCCAUUACAGUUGGCAUCGAGGACAUGUUUUUGAAGGCCAGUGUACCUCCUGAUACUCCAAAAGAUGGUACAGCUGAGUAUUACCAGGACCUGUUUCAUGCUCUAUGGGAGGCCUGUAACAGUUCCUCUAACACAGGCCGUGAGACAUUCCCUUUGAGUGGAGGGAAAGGGUUAGCUGCAAUCAGUGGAACCCGGUCUGUCAAGCUUCUUGAGGUGACUCCAAAGGUUCUGAUAGGAGCUCUUGAGAAAUACCUGGCUCCCUUUGUUGUCAGUGUUGCUGGGCGUUCACUUAUCACCAUUCUAAGAGGUAAUGGACUCAUUGAGAAUGUCGUGUGGGAAGAAAGUGACUCAGAUGCUGCUGUUGGUGCUGAUGCAUUGGUUCCAUACUCCAUGGAAAACAAUCUCCAGCUUCAGCACAUCGAUGAUGACGAAAUUGGGAUCGGUGCGCAGAGGUUUGCUCAUUUAAGCAAGAGGGAUAUGGGUGUCGUGCGCGUCCUGAUAUUCCUGCCACCCAGGUAUCACCUCCUCUUCUCAAUGGAAGUAGGCUAUGCCUCCACGCUGGUCAGGAUAAGAACAGAUCAUUGGCCAUGUUUGGCAUAUGUUGAUGAAUAUUUGGAGGCGUUGCUGCAAUAGUGAAGGUUUCUCUGGCCAAGAGUCUUCAGUUUUGUACCUUAUGUAACAGUAAAGAGCAUACAAAUGCAAGCUGUUGUUUUUUCCCAUUUUCCGGGGGCUUCUUUUUCUGUACCAUGAAGUCUGGAGCGUCAUUCUUUCUGCGGAUUCAGAAGUGUAAUUUCCAGUGGAGAGGGCAAUUUUGUUCAUUGGCCAUCAUCUAGAAUAUGGGAUUGUUUAUAGGUUGAAAUCAACUUUCCAUCCUAUGUUACUUCACUGGCUAUGUAAAGUUGAGGUUUUCUUUCAUGUUGAUCUGUGAAAAGAGCAACUUGUGGUAAUCAGUGUCCAUUUGCAACAAAUUUGUAAGUCUUCAGUGUUCAGUCAAGUUGAACUUCUUCCUUCA